AUGCAGGAUCGAGUGAUCAAGCUUCACGAACUUCUGAAGAAGAAGAUGCAGGUCCUUGAGGCGGACAAACGCACUUUAGAUGAGCAAGCGACCGGUAACUCUUGUCGAUCGGCAGAGAAUGACAAGCGCCAAAUCGAAUCCCUGUUGCGCGAGAGGGAUUUGUUGUCUAAGAACCUUCUUAAUGCGGACGCGACUGUGAAGAAGCAUGCAGACCUGGCCAAGCAGCAACUGACUCACUGCGAGCACCUUGAGAAAGAAGUUGAGGGAUACUUAGAAAGUCUAGAGCAGCUCAAAAACGAGGAACUGCGAGUGGCUGAGCUGCAGCGAUCCAUUGGAGAACAACAUGCAAAACUUGCUGCGCAGAAGACAUUGUAUGAGGCUGUGCGUUCCGAUAGAAACCUUUUCUCCAGAAAUCUUAUAGCCAGUCUCGACGAAAUGACAGAGCUAAAACAGUAA